AUGGAACUACUAAAAGUGAAGAGGUAUGCGGAGCUUAUUGACGAGUUCGCCAGGCAGGGCGAUGAGCUGCUGCAGGUGGAGAACAACACCCCCCCUCAGAAAGAAGGAAGUAACGAAAAAGGAAAAAAAAAGGACGUCAUUGAAAUUAUAGAGUAUUUUUCAAACAUGCUGGUAAAAUAUUUUUACACUGACUACCAAUAUGACAAUAUUUCAAUUGUUGACUCUGGGUUCGAUUCAGAACAACUUUGGUUGUUUAUCGAGUGCCUCAUAAAGGAGAAGAAGCUGGAGAGUCUACUUUCCUUUUUUGAGAAAUACGAAAAAGGAUUAGACAGUCAGAUAGAGAGUGAGAGGGGGACCAAAGCGGAGGACUAUUCCAAUGAGGAAGAAGAUGACACAAUAGGAGAGAGGGCUCAGAAGAGAUGCGCUGUCAAUCGGGUGAAGAUGAACACGAGAGGAGGGCCCUCGUCUAAAAGGAGAAAGGUCAGCUUUUCGCAGGGGGGUACACAGGUCAGCAAUGCUACCGCCGUCAGCGUGGACAGCGGCGAGGCUAUCAAGAGUGGAGAUGCCCCCGGGGCAGACGAAUUUUUCGACGAGGAUGAAAUGCACCAAUUCCUCGAUGAAGAGGAGAAGAAAAUGUUACGAGGGGAGUCGGGGGAUGACUCGGAGGGGGCGAGCGGUAGUGAUAGCGGUGGCAAUGGCUAUAGUGAUAGCGGUGGUAAUGGCAAUAGUGAUAGCGGUGGCGAGGUGGACCUUAACGAGUUCCAGUGCGACUACGAGGAGGGACGCAAGUUAAAGUACGGCGAUUUUUACAAAGGGGGGGAGGAAGAAGAGGAGGACGACGAAGAUGCGGAGGACGAAGAAGAAGAGGAUGAAGAUGAUUACGAGGAUGACGAUGAGGAGGAUGAGGGGGAACACCUGGAUCCAGACGACGAAGGGCCCCGCGGUCGGCGCGGGCCCGAUCGACGCAGCCGAAAAGAGAGGGACGAAGAAAUCGAGCGCGAGCUGCGUAGAAUAAAUGAGUUUGACACCCAGUACCAGGGUGAAAGGGACGAAGCUGGAGGGGAGGACGCUGCACGUGAGGAGGAGGAUGACAACCCACAAAUGGACACCCCACAAAUGGACAAGGACAGAAUGGAGAAGGAACUCAUCCAAAAGAAGCAUUGGUCGCUCACGGGAGAAGUGUCUGCACACGAUCGUCCCAAGAACAGUCUGCUUAGCCUAAACGUGGACAUCCCGAAGUUAAAUUGCGGUGGAAACGACGCGUAUGUAAGUAAAGCCGUGGGGGAAGAGGAGGAGGAGGACGACGACCAACGAAGUGAUGAAAACAUCGAGAAAGGAGCAACAUUCCAUGGAGGUGCCCCCGGGGCAGAUGGCAGCAAAACCAAGCGGAGGAACCUCCUGAAUGACGAAAUCGAAAUGGUGGUUAAGCAAAGGAUACAAAAUAUGCUCUUCGAUGAUGUGGAAAGAAAACGAAUAGAAGACCUCGACCUCCUGCUCAACGAGUCGAAAGAGAGAGUUCCGAACCACGACGAAGUCAAUUUCGAUCAUCUCAGCUUCACCCAAAGUAAACUCAGUUUAGCAGAUGAAUAUACAAAGAAGUAUGAAGAAGAAAUAAAAGCCAGUCAAUCUGAAAAAAGAGAAAUUAAUCUGCAAAAAUUGGAGCUCAUGAAUCUGUAUAAGAAAAUCAUCCAUUGUUGUGAUUCUCUGUGUAACGAUUUCUACGUUCCCAAGCCGGCACUACUGAAUCCAUCAAACGGAAGUGAACAAUUUGCCUCCCUCCACAUUGAGGAGACCGUUCCGAUUAUCCUGUCAGAAAAGGAUAGAAAUGCACCUGAGCAAUUGUUCCAACCGGGACAUAUAAAACAAAUGGAAGAAAUGCAUCAGAAGGAAAAGAAAUCGAUGCGAAAAUCCAACAAGGUUAAGAGGAAGAAGAAGCUACUCCAUCUGUUUGGACAAAGUGGAAAAGGAAUCAGUGAACUGAAAAAGAGGAAUGAAUAUCUCAGUGGCAAAAAUAGAAAAGUCAAGGGGGAGAAGGAGAGCGCCGCUAGGUACGGCGUAGGCUCCAAGGACCAGUUGCGCGGAAAGGGGCGAAAUCGCUACGAUUUCGCGGGGGCGAUCUCCCAGGCGCAGGCCCGAGACGCGAGCGGGGUGGUUGGGAAGCGGUAG